AUGAAUAAAUAUACAAAAAUCAUUUAUUUUGUAAUCAUCGGACUCAUAAUUAAACAUAUUCAAACACAGUCCAACACACCUACUUAUCCGAUCAUUUGGAGAAGAUCAAAACAUCAUGUAGCAACAGAAUACGUACAAGCACAAGUUGAUAUUCAUUUAAGAUCUCCAUGUGAUACAAUUAAUUCAACUUGGAUAUCACCAACAAAGAAAAAUCGAUCUAUGGAAUUUGAGGAACAAAAGAUCAAAUGUGAAGAGAAAUAUCAACGAUUAGUGAUUCAAACAUUUCAAAAACAUUGCAUACCGUUAAAGGAUAAAAAGAAAUUCAAGUUUAAACGAAAUAUUAUUGCAUUUGCAGCUGGAGUAAUAAUAACCGUAAUUGUUAUGGUUGCCACCAUUGGAUAUGCUGCAUAUAUUAAAAGUCAAUCUGGUAUAAAUGAACAAUCAUUAACUGAAAAUGAACUUAAGAAAUUGGAUCAUAACAUACAUCAGAAAAUGGUUGAUCAAUUGAUUUUAAUGCAACAAGAAAUAGAUAGAUUGAAGCAUAUUUCUUCUAAUAGAGAGAUUUCAUCGAUGUUUUAUGCAAAAUUCUUACAAAUCGAAAUGUUGAUUAAUGAAGUUUUUAUUAUGUCAUCAGAUAAACCAAUUUCAAAAGCCAUUUUUCAAUUAUUUGAAAAUAUUUCAAUAUGUGUUGAUUGUCCAUCAGACAAUUGGUUUUUAGAAGAAUGUCAAUUUCGACCACAUCAAUCUCCUUAUGAAAGCAUUUUAAGAUUGUAUAUUAAUGCAGUUAAAAUAGAUAAAGAAUAUGAAAUAAUUCGUGCGGAUCCAUUUUAUCUUCUUGUUAAUGAUCACUUGAAUAAAUCAAAUUUUUGUAUAUCCAAAUACACAGGAUCAAAAUAUGCAAUAAUUAAUAAAAGAACUAAAUGUGCAAGAAACAUAAUAUUUGAACCAAUCAAUGAUCAUCAAGCACCAUUUAUUUUUCAUUCAGUUAAUUGUAAAAAUGAUACGAAUUCUGUUGAAGCGAAAUGGAAAGCUGUUGAAUGUAAAGCGAAAGAUUUGAUAACACCAGAAGAGAUUGUUCAAGUAAAAAGUGAUAACGAUUUUGUUUAUUUUUAUUGUUACAAUCAGAACAUCACUGUUCAAGGAAUGACGUAUCCCUGUAAAAAUCAAAUUUACAGAAUUAAUCGUGGACAAAAUUUAACAAUUAAUCGGCAAACCGUAUAUUUCACGAAGAUGAAAAUUGAUUUACAUCAUGUCAUUCAUGAUGAUAUAAAUGAGAUUUUGAACUUUCAAGCAUUCAAUUCUUUUAAUUCAACGAUUAAUUUGCAUGAUUUAUCUACAAUGAUUGAAAAAGAAGACACACUUAUUAACAAGAUUAUUUAUUCAUACAUACAAUCAUAUUAUAUUUACAUAAUCACAAUAAUAUUAAUCAUAUUAUUAUCAAUAACAGUAAUACUCAUCUUUUGUCAACACAACAAAACAGAAAAUUAUCGAAAAAUUAUUCAAGAACAAUAUCGAUUAGCAGCUAUUCAAUCAAGUCGAACAUAA